AUGAACCGAAACAGCACUCCGGAGGCCUCGACUGCUUCGUCACUCCGUCCGCCGUCAUCACGAACAGCCGCUACUAAUAAUCACCACCUUCGCGCAUCCGCUGACAUGGCCGCUCUUGCUGGUCCCGCGACGUCGAAUCGUAUCCGUCCAUCUUCGGACUUUUAUGGCCAACAAGGCCAAGGUCAAGGAGCUGCUGAUGCAGACCCACAGGAUAAAGUGACCCAGCAAUGGAUUGCUGAUAUUGAUCAGUACGAGACAACUCUGGAAGAAAUGGCUGCCGCCACCCUGGAUCAGGAUUUCAAGGACGAACUCAGUGCUAUUGAACAGUGGUUUCGGGUCCUAUCCGAGGCUGAGCGUACUGCUGCUUUGUAUGCCUUGCUUCAGCAAACUACCCAGGUCCAAAUUCGUUUCUUCAUCCAGGUCCUUCAGCAAAUGGGAAAAAACCACCCCAUGUCUGGCGUGCUAUCCCCGGCCAAUUUUGACAAAGAUCCCAUGUCGAAUCGUCUAAGCGAUGCUAUGAAUAAGUUGAACGUUGGGUCAGCUAGGAACUCGCUUUCGCAACCGCAAGCGUCGACUAAGAGACACUCUGGGCUUGACCCAUCAACUAUAAAUGCUAUGUUCCCUGAUGCUGCGGCUGCCAUUGCCACUGAAAAGGCCAAGUUUACCCAACAGACCGGAAACCAGCCUCCUUCAAACCGCAACAGCACAGCAGUAGAUAUCCGAAGCCCUUUAGGUGCACCAACCAUCUCCGCGCCGACCGAAGGACUUGAUCCCAAUGCACAGAAUCCCGCGUCGCCUUGGGACCAAAGUGGCUCGCGACCCAAGUCAUCAUCCGGUCAGACUCCCAUGGGCCAGUUUGUUCAGCCCCCACCUUCGGCAGGUUUGAGAUCGCCUCGACCCCAACUAGGCGGUAACAAUAAUAUCCAAAGUACCACGCUCAAUGCCCCAGACAAGUCGGCUAACGAAUUGCCGCUUCUCUCGCCAUACGCGGCUGGAAGUGGAAAUUGGGCUUCAAUGGUGAACACCCCUAUGGUUCCAACAUUUAACACUGGUAAUUCCGCCAACCAGGCAGACAUGGUCGCCAAUGCGACGGCAAUGAAACUCGCGGCGUUAUCUACAGUCAACAAUCGUUUCGCCCUUGAUGAUGUACGCAAGUACCGAAGAGCCCGUUCUAACGACGCGCCUGGUCAAAGCCAGAAUUCUAUGCAAUCCGUACCCCAGGGAUCAAAUAUCCCUGGCACAAACAUCAUCAUGGUCAAUGAGCAUGGCCAGGUUCUGAAUAGGGAUCAGAUGCUUGCCCUACAGAACCAUCAGGCCAUGGGUGGGUUCGCAGCCCACAGAUCUCGUCCAAACUCUCCUGGCAUAGCAAUGCAGGGUUUCGGACAAGUGCCUUUUGCUUCUCCGCAAAAUAACGGCUUCCUAAGUGCGUACGAUAGCGCGCAGAACCCGCUCCUAAACAACGGACUUGGUGCCAUCAGCAUGGGUCAACUUGGUGUGGGUGUUCCCGAGGGUUACCUGUCUGAUCACUCGGAUAUGGUUCGUGGCCGAUCGCCCCGUGGACGCCGUGGAACCUCGAAGCCCCCGGAGGAUCCUACUGACCCGACCCUUCUGCAAGAUAUACCAGCCUGGCUUCGAAGUCUAAGACUGCACAAGUACACCGACAAUUUGAAGGACAUGAAAUGGACGGAUCUGAUUGAACUUGAUGAUAAGGCUCUAGAAGAUCGCGGUGUUAAUGCCCUCGGAGCCCGCAGGAAGAUGUUGAAGGUAUUUGAACAAGUCAAGGAGGCCAAGGCAGAUGGCAAGCUGGGCUAG